AUGAAUGAAUGAAUGAAUGAAUGAAUGAAUGUACCUGCGGGGCCAGCGGGAGCCCCAGCCCACAGCCCCCCACCCUCCAGCAGCAUCUUCCAGCCGGGGCCCUGGCACCCCAAAAGGCAGGCCCGUGUACCCCAGGACAAGGCCAGUGUCCCCAGGACAAGGCCAGUAUUCCCCAGUGCCAGGCCAGUAUACCCAGUGCCAGGCCAGUGCCCUUUCCCAGUUCAGGGCCUGGAGUCGUGUCCCCCUCCCCCGGUGCCUGGGCAGGGUCCCACGGGGGCCGAGUCCUGCACCCCCAGAUGUGCCUCCCCGCCCCCCAAAGCACUCAGCAGCCCCGUGUGGGGUUUGUCCCCUCCAAUUCUCCCCCAAUCCCCCAUGUCACGGCUGCACCCCCAAGCCAUGGGACCCUGCAGUCCCCAGUGGUGGGACAGGCACCCACGGGUGACAGCUCUCCCUCAAGACCUCCCCACCUUCCCCAGCUCAGGCAGGCGAACCACAAACUGGUGGCACUGGGGUUGGGGGGGACAGAAGGGCCCCCCAGGGAACCAGGGCACAGGGUGAACUCUGGGCUGGGGACACAGGGCAGCUGGCCGGGUGGCACUUGUCACCCCAGCCCCAGGGCAGGCUUGUGGUGCCCAUUCCCCCCAGAGUGGCUGUCCCCCACCCCCAUGGCAGGUCGGGGGGUGGCAUCCCCCUCUCCCUGUGGCACAUGGCAAUGUCACCCUGCAUGGGGUGGCUCUAUAGAGCCACCCAAACCACAGCACCACGGAGCACUGGGGGCCACACUGGUCCCUUUAACCACUGGUGACACUCAGCAUGGAGGGGGGACAUCUCUGGUGACACUUGGUGACACAACCCGGUAUGUGUGUAUGUGUGGGGACACUCCUGGGGACGAUACCCAUUGUCCACGGCAGUGUGGGGCUGUCCCCUCUGUGUCCCUGUCCCUGCCCACCAACGGGUCCCUUUGCCAUGGAGACAGAGAGUGACCAAGGGUGUCCCCAAGCCCAGCCACGGCCAAAGUGUGUGGUGGCACCCAGCCUGCUGUGACAGCCCCACCGGACACCCACAGGUGCCGUGGCUGUGGUGGCAGCCCAGGGGACAGGUUGGGAGGUGACAGCAGGGGGGGGUGGCCGGACAUCCCCUGACUGGGAUCUGGUGGUGGCUUCUUGUGUGACAUACCAGCUCUGGGCUGGGACGCGUGGGGACCUGGGGCCCCCGUGGGCAUCAGGGGUCUGAGAUCAACCCCCCACCUCUACCACUGUCACCACAGUGUCCCCAAGCUGCCACAGCCACCGUGCCGGGGUGCUCCCUGCGGCGAGGGGACACCCCCGCUUCAGAGCAAGAAGCCACCGUUGUCACUAGGUUUGGGGACAUUAAUAGAUAUAUAUAGAUAUAUAUAUAUAUAAAUACUGGGAUUUUUUUCUUAAUGAUUUUAACGCUGUCAGGGCGGGAGGGCCAGCGGCGGGGUUGGGGGGCACCCGGUGCUUCCAGAGCCAAGAGAGCAAAGCCCCCCAGCCCCGCUGCGCCCAGGGGUCCGUCCCGUCCCGGGGACGAGCACAGCGGGGCGGGGUCCCGGCCCCGCCGCCCCGCCGCCCGCACCGCCCGCUCCGCUCCCGCCGGGCCCCGGCCCGAGCUCCGCUUUGCACGCGCUGGAGCCGCCGCUCCGGGCUCGGCUCCGGCCUCGGCCGCCUCCUGCAGUGUCGCAGAAUUUAUUUACAAUAAAGAUUUGGAAAAGGA